AUGAAGGGUCACCAACAGAACAGAGAAUGGACGGAAGUCCGGCGAAGAAAGAACAAGAACACAGUUCAAGCGAACAAAGUUCUUACGAACUAUUAUGUGUCGGGAUUCUCCGAUGGUACAAGAAAGGAAGAGCUAUGGGAGCCAUUCAGCAGACACGGUAAAGUAAUGGACGUGUAUUUCGGACUAAAAAAGGACCUCCACAAAAGAAACUUCGCUUUUGUCAGAUAUGCCGGCGUCAAGGAUGCAAAAGAAAUGGAACUAAAACUGCAGGGCAUCAAGUGUAGAGGCAAGACUUUGGAGGUAAAUAUCUCCAAACACCAACGGAAAACCCAACAAUAUCAACACCAAGUACCACACCGACAACUCAUGCAAAGUAAGAAUAUGCAACCCAACGUCUAUCAUAGUGCUCAACCUCACUAUACGGAGGUUAGGAGUAACAGAACUUAUGCCCAAGCUGUCAGUAACUCCAAGUAA